AUGAGUUCUAGUGAUGGUGAUGGAAAUAGUACACACUCUUGUACAGAUGAUAGUGACGAUGAAUUUUAUCAGUUGAUUUCUGUAGGAUGUGUUGUAGCUAUUUCUGAAUGGCUUAAAUAUGUUGACAAAGAACCAUGCAGGACUUCUUCGCAUACCGGAUAUAAAUGGGUAAUGGAUGUUUUAAAUGGUCAUAAGGUAAGGUGCCAUGAACAAUUUAGGAUGGAAAAACAUGUCUUUAUAAAAUUGGUAGAGACACUUACAAGUUCAUAUGGUUUGAAAGAAGUUGGAGAUAUACCAUUAGUUGAGGCAUUAUCAAUGUUCCUCAUCGUUUUAGGUCAUGGGUUCACUAAUAGAAUGGUCCAAGAAAGGUUCCAACAUUCUGGUGAGACGGUGUCAAGGUGGUUUGGGAUAAUGUUAGAUGUUGUUUGUCGCAUGGCUAGUGAUAUCAUAAGUCCACAAGACGCACAAUUUAGGAGAGUUCCGGAUAAAAUUAAAGAUGAUGAUCGAUAUUGGCCAUAUUUCAAAGAUUGCAUAGGGGCAAUUGAUGGUACACAUAUACCAGUAAUCGUGCCUAGAGAAAGACAAGUACCAUAUAUUGGAAGAAAAGGUAUCACUACCCAAAAUGUUAUGGCUGUAUGUGAUUUUAAUAUGUGCUUUACUUUUGUGUGGGCUGGAUGGGAAGGUGCUGCUCACGAUGCACGAAUAUUCAUGGAAGCCUUACGAAGACCAAUUUUAAAGUUUCCUCAUCCACCUACAGGUAAAUAUUAUCUAGUGGAUGCAGGCUAUCCACAAAUCAAAGGAUAUUUAGGGCCGUAUAGGGAUCAAGAAUUCCAACCGUAUGAUGAUGAUGAUGAUGAGCUACUUCCCUCUGGCGGGGCGGGAGUUACUAUAGGGGAAGAGAUGGUUGAAGAACAAAAUCUAACCCAUGGGCAUGAGAUGGCUAACGAACGUGAGAGAAUUGCAAAUCUUCUUUUACUGUGUCAACCAAACACUCAACAAAAUAUCAAAAGCGCUUUUAUGUAG